AUGGUUGUGGGGAUUCCGAAUGUCGGAAAGUCGUCGUUGAUUAAUGCAAUGCGGACGCAUACGCUUGGGAUUAAAAGGAAGGCGGUCGAAGCAGGCGCCCGACCCGGAGUCACCGUUCGUGUCCAAAAUCGUGUUCGAAUCAUGGACAAACCGCCAAUUUACAUCAUCGACACGCCGGGAGUCCUCUCUCCGAAUCAUCGGAACAUCGAGGACGCAAUGAAGUUGGCUCUAUGUGAUUUGGUAUUGGAAUCACACGUCAAUCUUUAUUAUCUCGCAGGAAAUACUCGCGAAGACAUGUGCGGCGAACGACUUCCGAAUCCAGCGAAGUAUGGGAGAACGAUGGGAUUUCGAUCGUGGCGCCAAACACUUCAUUCAGUUGUACAGGAAUUCCAAAUUCGAGGACUCUAA